AAAAUUAAGGAUCUCUCUUCUCCAUUCUCUUUUUUCUCCUCUAUUUCUCUCUUUCUUCUUCCCUUUCCCUUUUCCCAUACUAACAAUUAACCCUAAUUUCUUUCUCCUUACUCCUCAACAAAUUAAACAAUGGCGAACGCAGCGUCUGGAAUGGCUGUGCGAGAUGAAUGUAAAUUGAAGUUUUUGGAACUAAAAGCAAAGAGAAACUACAGAUUCAUCAUUUUCAAGAUUGAACAACAAGAAGUUGUUGUAGAGAAAUUGGGAAGACCAGACGAAACAUAUGAGGAUUUCACUGGAUCUCUCCCUGCAGAUGAGUGCCGCUACGCUGUGUUCGAUUUUGACUUCAUUACUGAUGAGAAUUGUCAGAAGAGCAAGAUCUUCUUCAUUGCAUGGUCACCGGACAUAUCAAAGGUGAGAAGUAAAAUGGUGUAUGCAAGCUCGAAGGAUAGAUUCAAAAGAGAAUUAGAUGGAAUUCAAUUUGAGUUGCAAGCAACGGAUCCAAGUGAGAUGAGCUUUGACAUUGUCAAGGCACGUGCAUUUUAAUUAGAUUAAUUUUAUUCAAUAAUAAUGCACACACAACAAAUAUAAUAUAAUCUAAUCUAAUCUAAUCAAUUAUUCUUUAUUAAUUCCCUCUAAAUUAUAUUAAAAUGUGUUCUUUUUUGUUCAUCUCAACAAAGCUACACAUUUUAUAUAGAAAGAAGCUUUUGUAAUUUUCUUUCUCUUUCUUCUUCUUCUUCUUUUUUUUACUCAAUUGUGUACGUGUAGCAUUUCACAUGCCCAAUGUAUUUGGAAAGUUCUUAAUUAUAUUAAUCUUUCGUGAUUUUUUGUA